AGUUCCUAAAACAAACACUUCAUAAGCGCUCUCGGCUUGUUUAUACCAAAUCAAUCCUCCAACAAACGAAGCAAAAAAAGAAAAUGAGCUCUCAGAUUUGCAAAUCUGCUUCUAGAGCUGUCCGAUCACUCUUUUCAGCUUCGAAGAACUCUCGCUUUUGCUCCGCAGAAGGACGGGCAGUGACUAUUGCGGCAGCAGCUGCAGUUUCAGUCAGUAAGGUGCCUCUUUUAGCUUCAGCUUAUGGAAAUGGUGGUUCUACCAAUGCAUCCAGAGGAUGGCUUUCAGGAGUGUUUGCUCUUCCAGUGGCAGCUUACAUGGUUCAGGAGCAGGAGGCUCAUGCUGCACAGACUGAGCGCACCUUCAUUGCUAUCAAGCCUGAUGGAGUACAAAGAGGGCUGAUUGCAGAUAUCAUAUCUCGUUUUGAGCGCAAAGGAUUCAAGCUCGUGGCUAUCAAGAUAAUGGUUCCUUCAAAGGAAUUUGCCCAGAAACAUUACCAUGACUUGAAGGAUAGACCCUUCUUCAAUGGCCUCUGUCAAUUCCUCAGUUCAGGCCCUGUGGUUGCUAUGGUGUGGGAAGGAGAGGGAGUCAUAAAAUACGGCCGGAAACUCAUCGGAUCAACCGAUCCACAGAGAUCGGAGCCCGGAACCAUCAGAGGUGAUCUAGCAGUGGUCGUCGGGAGGAAUAUAAUUCAUGGGAGUGAUGGUCCUGGGACAGCAAAGGAUGAAAUCAACUUAUGGUUCAAACCAGUAGAGCUGGUUAACUAUAAAAGCAACGAUGAGAAAUGGAUCUAUGGAGUCAAUUGAUGACUUUAUUUUGCAUUGAUGAUUAAUCAGUAGUUGCGGAAAGUUUUGGUCCCGGGUGGGGUUGAGGCUUGAGGCAGAAUUUCUAGAAUAAGAACGUCGUUUAUCUGAAACCAAACUCGAU